AUGCCCCGAUGGGGAAGACCACCAGGGGCACGAGUGGGGAGACAAGCCGGGCGUGCGGAUCCGUGGGUAGACGGUGCGGUACGGAUUGAGGAGGUUGACAGCGAGGAGGAAGAUACAUAUAUCCGGCGGGAUGCUCGCUCUUCGUACGCGAGGCAGUCGGGCGGUUUGGAUGAGAGCGGAGGGUCUCGGUUGCGCAGGCGGAGGAUGGGAUACGACUAUGCGGAUGAGAUGGCUUCUGUCGAUGGGGUGGACUAUGACCUGUACGAGGACAUGGACAGCACGGUGGCUUAUGCCGUUCAGUUAGCCAUGAAGGACAAGGAGGAGAGAUUGGUGGAUCAAGCUUUGGAACGGAUACGACGCGCUCAGAAACAGGGCCAAAAGAACGUGCGACUAUCGGGCCGGGAGCUGGAGGCCUUGGAACGCAAGCGAGUGCAGGCAAACCGGACUCCCGAUUCGGAAUACCGGGCAAGUACCCCCCGGGGGUCACCUGGCAGCAACCGACCCUUGAGGCCGCCGGAGAGCCCCAGCAGCAAGAUGGGAGCACAACGUAGCGGGUCCAGUGCAUCGUCACCAAGCAAGCAUGGCAUGCCAUCCUCAUUGUCGGCCAACAACGCCGCAUAUGCGUUCUGGACGGGGACCUUGGGUGCCUCUGCUGCAUCCCAGGCUUCUGCGCGCUCACCAUCUGCCCGGACUGCCUCGAAGCAGACCCCGUCUCGAGCCCUGCUGCAACCGGCCUACACCCCCGACCGCCUCGCCUCUGUCCCUCUUGCUCGCCCUUCCGGGGCCAUGAAAGCCCCUGCCUUUACGCGUUCCCUCCCCGAUGAUCCGCAGUGGGUGCCCCCGUAUCCUGUCUCAUAUCCCCGAGAACCGCCGCCGCAUCCAACCGAUCUCCGGCACGCCGGCUCAAUGCCGUACAUGUCGGGCUACCGCGGCGUCUUUGACGAAUCUCUUCGGAGCGGUGGGCGGGGUGCGGCUGCUUCGCCAGGGGUAUCGGGGGUCGCGGUGGAGGGCACUCAUGGCGCCGGGGAGGAGGAAGAGGAAGGGAGUAGUUCCGAUGACAGCGCCAAGGUGGUUGAGCGCCGGGUACCGGUCGGGCGAGGAAGUCGUCAGCGGAGCAGUCGCCCUUGA